AUGAGAAUAGAGGUUAAUUCGGCGGCGGACUUCCUGAUGAAUCUGCUGCGGGUGCGCAAAGCGAACCAGCUGUCGGAGAGCCAGCUGCAGCACUUCAAGGGUUCGCUCGAGCAGAUCCUGACGCGUCACUUCCAGUGCCACUGGUAUCCGGACGUCCCGACGAAGGGUUCUGGGUUCCGGUGCUUGCGUAUCAACGGCAAGAUGGAUCCGAUCAUCGAGAAGGCGGGCCAUGCGGUCGGAUUGAAUACGGUUGUGUUGCGGAAGUUGCUCCCACUCGAGCUGACGAUUUGGAUCGAUCCGGAUGAGGUGUCGUACAGGAUCGGUGAAAAUGGGACGAUCUGUGUGCUGUACGAUACGGCCCAAAGCCGUGCCAGCCCAUCGUCGGAUCUUGAUUCAACGGGCAGCAGCACCGGUUUGGCGUGUGAUGAGUUCAUCAUGGAGCGUGUUGGUCGAUUGGAUCUGUCCGUUUCGUCGGUGGACAGUGGCAACGGGAGUGCGGGCACCAUGAUGGCCGACUACCUUGAGCACAAUGGUAGCAACAACAACAACAACAAUGCCACGAGUGGCAACGGCAAGCCGCCAGGAGGUCACCAGGGCCAGCAACAGCAGCAGCAGCAGCACCAUAACAACAAGUACAAUCACAACCAAUCGAACAACCACCAUCAUCAUCAUUACGCUAAGCAGCGUCACAGCAACAGCAUGAGUUCGUCCUCGAGCGGACAAACCAGUCCCCCGUUGAGCCCACCGUACGGUGCCGCCACCGGUUUCCUGAACCACCAGCAGCAGCAGCAGCAAUCGGCGCAAAAUCUCGCCAGAUACCAGCUGCAGCAACACCAGCAGCAGCAGCAGCCUCAGCAGCACAGCAACAACUUUUACCCAGCGGCCGGUGGCAUUCAUCAACCGCAGCAGUACUUCCCGUGGGAGAACCAGUUCGUUAACAACAAAGUGCGCACUCAAUGCUAA